AUGUCCACAUACGGUCGACGAUCGAGUCAGCGGCUGCAUCGCGACGAGCCUCCGGUCGCCUCGUCCAGCCGCCGCCCUCCCACAUCAUCCCGAAGAAAUGCCGAGCCAGUUGCGUCAUCCAGCUCACAAGGCUCGCAAGCAGAUGCUGUCGAUGAUUUUGAAUCUCGUAUCGACUCCAUUUUGCUGCCCCACAAGCUGUUGAACGUCAGUGACCUUGCGCGCAAGGCUGCGCAAGAGCUUGGCGAAGCCGAAAUCAACAAGAAGGCAGGCGACCUCGUCAGGUACACUCUCUCCAACGAAUAUAAACGCAAAGAGAUCCGCAGGGAUGAUAUACGCAAAGAUGUGUUCGGCGAGGACAAGAAGAUCUCGCGCUGCUUUGCUCCCAUCUUCAACGCUGCUCAGAAGAUGCUCCAACCGCUCGGUCUCCACUUGGUCGAGGUGCGUUCCAAGGGAGCAGACAACGCCGAACUGCUCAAGCAGGCGCAAGAGGCCAUUCGCGCCGCAUCUUCCUCGGCGAACGGGCUCAGAGCCCGAACACAUCCGCCCGAAGAGGAUGCGACCGGAGACGGAGGACAGGGGCCCAGAAUUUGGAUGCUGCGUUCGUCGUUACCUUCUGGGUUGACGAAAGGGCUCGCAAGGUGCGACGAAAAGCUCACCGAUGCGUAUGCGCAGACCAGCUUGACAACCGCCCCUUCGUCCUCGACCCAGCGAAGGCGCCCCUCGGCCAAAGAUGCCAAGGCGGCCCUCGACUGGUCCUCCGCCGACCACCAGGACGGAGAGAUGGGUCUCUUGUACAUCGUUCUCGCCCUCAUCCUCGUCAGUGGACGCACCAUCACGGAAGCCACGCUCUUCAUGUACCUGCGACGCCUGCACUUGCAUCCGGACACCUCGCUUCCGAAAGCUCUGCGCGGUACAGGCCCAACCAGCGCAGCAGCAUCCACAGGCUCACAGAGCACGCAGACGCAGUCCAGGGCGCGCGCAUCACAGGGCACUUUGGAAGCGUUCCUCACCACCAUGACCAAGCAAAACUACCUGGAGAGGCAACGUUCGGAUGUUGGCAUCGACGUCAUGGACGCCGCAGUCAACCAAGCGCAGACGCAAGGAAGGCGGCGAGGGCGUACAAGCGGCGGAGGAGGACGAGCACAUGCAGCAGACGACGAGACGACGGUCUGGGAGUGGAGGUGGGGCAGCCGUGCCGAGUCCGAGGUCGGAGAGAAGCGCAUCGCAGAGCUCAUCACGGUCCUGUUCACCGAUCCAUCGUCCACGCCCGAGGGCGCGCAGGGGGCCGAAGAAGAAGAGGACGAUGAUACGCAAGCCAUCGACCGCGACCGCCUCGCCAAGCGACGCAAGAUGUUGCUCACCAACAUCACUUCGGUAGCUGGCUCGCAGCUGAUCGACUAA